CAACACUUGAGCUACUCCCUCAAUUUCAAUUUUCAUCUUUCCCCUUCUCUCUCGCUCUUCAAUCUCUCUCUCUCCCGUUAAAUCUCCGGCACCUCCAAAUUCCGGCAACAAACCUCUCCGUUUCCGAUUUCGAUUCUGUUUCCGUUUCACUCACCUCACACACACAUCUAUCCUACAACCCGAAUCCCCCCUUUACGACAUCGUUUCGCCACACAUAAAAAAAGCCCUAAUUCAAAUCCACACCCUUGUUUAUUCAAUUCUCAAUCAAGCUUCCGUAAUUCGAACUUUCUGUUGUUCGAUUGCUGAUCUGGAAUCGUUGAUGCGCUUAUUAUAUUCUAUGAUCGAUUGAUUCUACGACCUAGGGUUUGUGAUUAUUGGAAAUUAGAAAAGGGGAUCGGAAAAUUGGGCAGUGUAAUUCAUGUGAUUGUUAUUAUUAUUGUGAUGGAAGAAGGUUAUUAUGUAUGGGCGGUUGGACGGUGAGGUGCGCUUCCACCGGUGGCACAUGUGGCCGGUCCCUAGUUCCUCCACUCCCUCUGUAGCUGCUCAUUCCAGUUGCUUCGUUUUCAUUGAUAAUCACACUUUUUCCAAAGAUGGUAGAAAGAUUAACGUUGGCGACUGUGCUCUGUUCGAGCCACCCCACAAUUCCCUUCCGUUUGUUGGAAGAAUCCGUAAAUUAAAGUUAGGAAAAGAUAACAAUAUAAGUCUUUUUGUGAAUUGGCUUUACCGGCCUGCAGACGUAAAGCUUAAAGACGGUGCUUUGCUUAAAGCAGCACCAAACGAGGUUUUUUACUCAUUUCACAAGGAUGAGAUACCUGUUGCAUCAUUACUUCAUCCGUGUAAAGUCACAUUUCUUCGUAAAGGUGUUGAACUUCCUUCAGGGAUAUCCUCAUUUGUGUGCAGACAAGUCUAUGAUGUUAAAACUGGGCGUUUAUGGUGGUUAACUGACAGAAACUAUAUUAACUCUUCUUUGACACAGGACUUACAAGAAGAAAUAAACCAGUUAUUAGAUAAGACGUUGAUAGAAAUGCAUGGAUCAGUGCAGACCGGAGGUCGGUCUCCGAAACCCUUGAACGGUCCAAACGGGUCAGCAAACCGAAAACCUAAUUCAGAUAAUUUACAAAAUAGUUCCUCGUCUAUUUCAUCACAUGCAAAGAGUAAGAAGCGAGCGCAUGGCGUUCACAAUUCAGAAUCUGUGAAACGUGAUCGUUUAUCUAAAGUUGACGAUGCAGAUUCUCGUCAACUUAGACCAGAACACAGGCUAAAAACCGAGAUUGCUAAAAUUACUGAUAAAGGAGGAUUGGUGGAUAUUGAUGGAGUUGAAAAACUAAUACAGCUCAUGCGACCCGAGGGUACUGAGAAACAAAUAAACUUGGCUUGCAGAAAAAUGCUCGUUGACAUAAUAUCGGGUACUGACAGAUUCGAUUGUUUAGGUCGAUUUGCGCAUUUAAAGGGAUUGCAAAUUUUAGAUGAAUGGCUUCAAGAAAUCCACAAGGGCAAUAUUGGCGAUGAAAAAUCUGUUGAGCAGUUUCUUUUUUCUUUACUUCGUGCACUUGAUAAAUUACCCGUAAAUCUUCAUGCUUUACAGAUGUGUAAUGUCGGGAAGUCGGUGAAUCAUUUACGUAGCCAUAAAAAUCCUGAAAUUCAGAAGAAAGCCAGAAGUUUAGUCAGCACAUGGAAGAAACGUGUGGAAGCUGAAAUGAAUUUUAUUGAAACAAAGUCUAGUACAAGUCGAGGCGGUUCUUGGUCACACAAGCCAAUGAUUUCAGAUGUUUCUCCUAUGGGUAGUACUAGACGUAUAGGUGGCAGUUUUUCAGAGGUGGGUUCCAAGAGUUCUGCUUCACAAUCUUCUGCGUUAAAAGCUCCGCAACCGAAACAAAGCUCAGGUGAAGCUAUCACCACAUCACCAACAUCUCCGGGGUCCACAAAAUUGUCCCCGUCAUCAGCUAAUAGUCAAUCUUGUUCUAGUGAUCAUGUGAAGACUCAGGUGUCAAGUGUUUCUCAUAGUAAAAACUCACGCAACGGUUUUGCUUCUGACAAAGAAUCGCCAGCUAGACUUACAACAGAAGCAAAUAUUGGAAAAAGCCGGAGACUCAUUGUGAGGUUGCCAAACACGAGUCGAAGUCCUGCACAAACCGCCAGUUUGGAAUCGCCCGAAGAUUCAUCUAGGAUAUCCGGCAAGGGCUCGCUUCCGGUACCUUCCAAGAAACAAGACAAAAAAGUGAGUGGAAGCGAUGUACCAAACACAGGUGAUGAUUUGUGUCGGGAGAAUGAAGGGCUGAUUGUCCGUGAUGACGAACAUGGUAAGAAAGAUGCAUCCUUUGGCAGCGGUUUAUCAUCAAGGGUUACACCAAAAGUAUAUGAAACUUCUUAUAGCUCGAUAAAUGCAUUGGUGGAGAGCUGUGCGAAAUUUUCGGAAGCUAGCGUGUCUCCGUCGAUUGGUGAUGAUGGUGGAAUAAUUCUUCUUGCCAGCGUGGCUGCUGCUGAAAUGUCGAGAUCUGAUGUGUCACCCGCAUGUUCCCCUGAUUGUAACUCACCCGUCCCUGAAGACGUAUGUUCUGUGAAUGCUGCUAAGUUGAGACAAGUAGCUCAUGAUGCUCAUGUCAAGGUGGAGCAGAUCGGUUCCGUACGUGCGGAUGUUAAUGGUACAGGGUCGGUGAACUUGGCACCUGACGUAAAACCACUAGAGGAAAAGAAGUGUGUUGAUGAUAUUCUGGUUAGAAACACUGUGAGUUCGCUUGAUGCAGCUGAGACAUGUGUCAAACCUGAAACUGCAGAAACUAAUGAAGAAAUUAAUGCAGCUUCUUGGUCGUCUUCAGAUAUGCGCAACGAUGAGAAGGAAUCGGUGCACAAACAGUUAAAUGAUGAAACCGUGGUCCCCACUUCUUGUGCUGAUGUUGAUUUAGCACCAAAGUCUGAAGAGACUGAUGACGAGAAGUGUCGUAUGAACAUGGAUUCCGGGACGUCUGUUAGUGAACUUGCUUAUGAGAAUACAGAAAAAGACGAUAAAGCCUCUGUGGUUGCAUUGCAAGAAAUAGGAACGUGUGGAAAGGCUACCUGUGUAACAGAGGCCAACUGUGUUGAAGACCGUACGGUAAAGUUGAACUUUGAUUUGAAUGAAGUUCUUCCUAGUGAUGAUGGAAUACAAUGUGAGGAUGAAAAGGCUGCCGUUGAUGCACCCGACCUGUUACCUUCUAAUGAUAGAACGCAGUCUGAUUCGAUAACUGUAGCUGCUGCUGCAAAAGGACCGUUUUACCCCUCUGAGAGUCUCUUAACAGGUAAGCCUGAGAUUGGGUGGAAAGGUUCUGCUGCCACCAGUGCAUUCCGUCCAACAGAACCUCGAAAGGUAGAUGUUCCGGACCUUCCGGUUCCUGAUACUUGUACUGAUAAACCAACUCAUGCUCUUUUUGACUUUGACUUGAAUGUUGGAGUCGAUGAUGCUGGUCAACACAAUGCUCCAUCGGGACUUGAUCUUGAUUUAAACGCAUGCGAGGAGAAUCCCGAACCCGUCCAGUUGUCCGUUAAUACCAGCAGUAGACCUUCCAGGUCAACUCUACCUGGCUUUGACCUAAACGGGCCAGGUACGGAAGAAUUUGGUGGUGAAUCGAUAACAUUUUCGAAAAACAGUAUGCAGUUUAUAACCGGUGUGCCUAAUGUCAGAGUGAAUAAUACGGACCCCGCAAACUUUUCAAAUUGGUUUCCACCAAAUAACGCCUACCCAGCAAUUACAAUCCCGUCUCAAAGAAUGAUGACACCCGUGACUUCCAGCACAUCACUGAAUCCCGAUAUAUUCAGGGGGGCCGUUUUAUCGUCAUCUACCGUUCCAUUGCAAUAUCCAGCUUUCCCGUUUGAGACCGGUUUCUCGUUACCUUCGGUUUCAAAUGCAUACGCCGAUUCUCCGUCAUACGGUGGUGGGCCGCUUUGUUUUCCAACUUUUCCCUCGGUGGGACCUAACGGUGUGGUGUCGAUGCCUUACUAUACGAGUCUACCUGGUGGCUCGAGUAAUGUUGGCCCCGAUGGUAAAACGUUUGGAAGCCAAGCUUUAGAUCUAAACGCGGGUCCCAGAGAUGAUAAACUGGCAACCACUUUGAGGCAGUUACAUGGUGGUGGUGGUGGUGAUGAUGAGCAGUUAAGGAUGUUUUAUCAACUGGCGGCAAGUGGUGGUGGUGGUGCAGCGAAGAGGAAAGAGCCGGAUGGCGGUUGGGACGGUGAUAUUAGGAUUAGCUACAAACAUCCACAUCGGCAGUAGGGAUACAUAGCCUGGAUAUAAAACUGUCUUGUUUAUGAGAAACGUUGAUGGUUGUAAUGCAUAGGGUUGAGUUGUUUGAAAUGGUUUGAACAGAGUGGCCUGUGUUGAUGUUUAGUCAUCAUGCAAUUUUAUGCUGCAAGUUUAGUCAACAAUUCAAUAUUCAUACAGUUAAAUACUUAUCAUAUAAUAACUCUUUAUACCGUUUAAAAAAUAUAUAAUAACUCUUUAUCUCAUC